ACAAGAUGUCCUUGCUGGUUCCCAAGGCGACGAAGCCCCGCUACAGCAGCCUAUGCAGCGACGACGAGCUGCUCGAUGACGACACACACUGCUACCAAUCCGUGACGGUCAAACGGGGUUCGUGGAUUGAUGACUUCGGCUCGAUCUCCAGCUCUCAGAACAGCAUCUAUCUGCCGUAUACCGGUCAUGUUAGUGCUUCGCCUCCUCGGGAAGAUUUCGACUCCGCGAGCGUCCCGGUUAUUAAAAUGGGCUGGUUGGACAAGAAUCCUCCCCAAGGAUCUCUGAUCUACCAGAGACGUUGGGUCAAACUGGAUGCUGAAUACCUGAGAUACUUCGACACGGAGAAGGACAUCUACUCGAAGAGGAUCAUACCGACAGUGUCCAUCACCGGCGUGGUCAACGUGGGCGAUCAGAAGUUUGAGGUCGUGACGCACAAUCGCACUUUCCUGUUCCGCGCCGAGAGCGACUUGGACAGGAACGAGUGGGUGUCGGUGUUGAAGAGCUGUGUCGGGGUGUCUCGGGCGCGGACGAGCCUGGACUUGACCUUUAACCCCUGUGUGAACUACGAGAUGAAGGGUUAUCUAGAGAUGCGUGGCCUGCGCUCCAAGCUCUACACGGUGGUGUGUGGCGAUAAAGUCUAUCUCUACAAAAACACAGAGGAUUAUCGUCUGGGAAUCGGGAUCACCUCUAUUGAUAUGAAUGUUGGGAAUGUGAAGGAGAUGGACCGAAGAGGGUUUGAUCUGACCACACCGUACCGCAUAUUCAGUUUUGUAGCCGACACAGACCAGCUGAAGGAUCAGUGGGUGGAGGCGAUGCGCGACUCCAUUAAAGAUGCCUUGUCCAAUUACGAGGUUGCCGAGCGCAUCUGGGCGGAGCCGUCCAAUCAGAUGUGUGCGGACUGCAGCGCCGCUAAACCCGAGUGGGCCGCCAUCAACCUCGCCGUGGUGUUCUGCAAACGAUGUGCAGGAGAGCAUCGAGGUCUCGGCCCGAACAUUUCGAAAGUGCGCAGUCUCAAGAUGGACAAGAAGGUUUGGACUGAAGAUCUCAUCCAGCUGUUCCUGGCUCUGGGAAACGAGCGAGCGAAUCAGUUCUGGGCUGCAAACGUUCCUCCCAGUGAAGAGCUGACCCUGAACAGCAGCAGCGACGAGAGGCGACGCUUCAUCACCGCCAAAUACAGAGAGGGCAAAUACCGCAGAUACCACACACUGUUCGGCAACCAGAGGGAGCUCAAUAACGCGCUGUGCAUCAACGUUCAGUCCAGCGAUGUGUGUGAGACGCUGGCUCUGGUGUUCUGCGGCGCUGAUGUGAGCUGUGACACCGGUGACCCCGAGCUGACCUCUCCGAUCGCCCUCGCACAACACCACUCACAGACCCUGCAGGUGGAGUUCCUGAGCCAGAACCGACACACAGAACUCCCGAGGUCAGAGGUCAAGGUCGCCAUCGAGACGGUGCACUACAUGGCCCCGCCCUCCAUCACACAUAAUGGCUUCCUAUUUAAGACCGGGUCCAUGGCUCGACCAAUCACAGAGAAGAAGGGGAAAGAAGAGUUCAGCCGGCGCUGGUGUGUUCUGAACGACGGGAACUUCAGCUACUAUGAAAGUGACAAAAACGCGACGCCGAACGGAGGACUGAAGAUGAAGGAGAUCGUGUGCCUGGCCGUCAACCCCCCCGAGACUCAUGGGUACGAUCACACCUUCGAGCUUUACUCGGACUCCGAGCGCCUGUACCUGUUCGGCACGGAUAAUCCCGACGCCAUGCGCGAGUGGGUCAAGUCCAUCGCUAAGUCGUUCAUCCCCUCGGGAGCUGAGGAUCUGCUGCUGAAGGACUUCGAGCGCAUCGGGCGCCUGCGCUACAAGGACCGGCUGAACCGGGAGAUGUCCCGACUGGGCUGGUUCUGUCUGGUGGGAUCCGGUCUACACAUCCGGCUGGAGGAGAGCAACACCGACGAGACCAUCGACCUGCAGAAGCUCCAGGAGCUCUCGAUCCAGCCGGAGAAUGAGGUUCUGGUUCUGGUGGAGCGGGGCAGGACGCUGUACAUCGAGGGCGAGAGGAAGCUGGACUUCCAGGGCUGGGCGGCAGCGAUCCAGAGGAAUGCUGGGAGUUCUGGAGACACACUGAGCCAGCAGCAGCUGACGGACUCCGAUAUCCCCGUCAUCGUGGAGCGCUGCAUUCACUUCAUCACACAAUACGGUCUGACCUCAGAGGGCAUCUACCGUAAGAGUGGUGUGAACAGUAAGAUCGCCGCCCUGCUGGAGGAGUUGAGGCGUGACGCGAGGUGUGUGUGGCUGAAGGAAGGAGAGCAUCAGGUGGACGACGUGUCUAACGUCCUCAAGCGCUUCUUCAGGGACAUCGAGGAAGGGCUGUUCGGCCCCGAGGCGCACGCCUGGCUCAGCGCCACAGGUGUUUCAGAUGAGAGCAGUCGUAUCUGUCAGUAUCGUCUUCUCUUCAGUAACCUUCCCCGAGUGAACCAGGCGACACUACGAGCGCUAGUUAAUCAUUUAUACUGCGUCCAGCGGUUUGCGGAUCUCAAUCAGAUGAAUCUGCAUAAUCUGGCGAUCGUGUUCGGGCCGACGCUGUUCCAGGCGGACGGGAAGGACUACAGCGCCGGCCGGGUCAUCGAGGACCUCAUCCAACACUACGUCACUAUCUUCCACGUGAACGAGCAGCAGCUGAAGAAGCAGUUAGAUGAGAUCACAUACAUCAUAAAGCUCAGAGACAAUCUCACGCCUAAAGCUGGAACGGGGAGUGGUGAUUUUAUCUGCACGGUUUACCUGGAGGAGAAGAAGGAAACCGCCGAACAGCAUGUAAAGAUUCCCGCCGCGAUGACAUCAGCAGAACUGACCUUUGAGGUUCUGGACCGGCGGAAACUCAGCGUGAGGGAGAAGGACUACUGGUGCUGCUUCGAGGUGAACGAGAAGGAGGAGACGGAGCGCCCGCUGCACUUUCAGGAGAGAGUUCUGCCCAUCUUUCAUUCUCUGGGAACCGACAGUCACUUACUCGUCAAGAAGCACUUCUCCAUGGAGGCCAUGCUGGUGUACCUGGCCAGUAAAGUGGAGGUGUCGAAGCACGGCAUGAUGAAGUUCAGAGAGGAGAGGAGUCUGCUGGGAUUGGGUUUGAGCUCCGGCAGCUUCAAUGACCGAUACUUCAUCCUCACCAGCACCUCUCUCAGACUCUAUAAAGAAGUCCGGAAUCUGCAAAAGCUGCAGAGGCCAGAGCUGCAGUGUAGCAAUCGUCCCGAGAGAGAGUGGCCCGUCAAGUGUCUGAGAGUGUAUCUGGGCAUUAGGAAGAAGCUCCGCCCACCCACAUGGUGAGAUUAAA